CGUCCCUCAUACUUAAUUCAUUCCUUACCAGUCAACGGACAUCCUCGCCAAUUGUCUCCGUUUCCUGACUUCUGAACAGCGCUGGGGUGAAACUUCGCAUUUUUACCAACGACUAAUAAAGAAAAGAAAACAAACUACAACAUUCUGUUUCAUAAAUUUACCAAGAAAAAAAAAUUAAUUUGUAACCGAGUACACGAAAUAAAGCCUCUGCGUCACAAACCAGAGGACAAGCUACACACCAGCGCUCAGGAGGGCGUCCAGCUCAGAAUAUCUCCGUUUUAUUUCUUGAAAAUCCGAAAUGAAAACCAAAUUUAUCAACGGGGUUUCUUCUUCCCCCUCCAUGUCGCUGGGUCUGCUGGUGACCGAGAACGCCCUGCAGGUCCAGCCCGACAUCGAGGAGGACUGCAAGGAGCUGGUCCGCCUCGACCAGCCCGACCUGGACACCCAGCACAAGGCUUAUCUGUGGUGCAGAGAGUUCCUCCACGGAGCCUGGAAAAGCCUGUCUGAGGACGAUUUCCAAAUCACCAUCAUAAGGGGUGGUCUGAGCAACAAGCUCUUCCUUUGCAGCCUCCCUGACAGCCUGGACACUGUUGGGGACGAGCCAAGGAGCAUCCUGCUGCGCCUCUAUGGGGCCAUCCUGCAGAUGUCCUGUAAUAAAGGGGAUUCCCAACAGUCAAACAAAGAAAAUCACUUCCAAGGGGCUGAGGCCAUGGUGUUGGAGAGUGUGAUGUUUGCCAUCCUGGCAGAGAGGGAGCUGGGACCUAAACUCUACGGUAUUUUCCCUCAGGGCCGACUGGAACAGUACGUCCCUAGCCGUAAACUGGACACCUGUGAGUUAAGCGACCCCAGCAUCUCAGCAGAGGUUGCAGAGAAGAUGGCCAAGUUUCAUGGAAUGAGAAUGCCCUUCAACAAGGAACCCAAGUGGCUGUUUGGAACCAUGGACAAGUACUUGAGCCAAGUCAUGAGGCUGAAAUUCACCAGAGAGUCCUACCUGCGCCGCUUCAACCGCCUGCUCAGCUACAACCUGCCACAGGAGAUGGAUAUGCUCAAGUCUCUGCUGGAGUCCACUCACUCUCCAGUAGUGUUCUGCCACAACGACUGUCAAGAAGGAAAUGUCCUGCUGCUGAAGGGCCGCCAGAGCUCAGACAAACAGAAGCUGAUGCUCAUUGACUUUGAGUACAGCAGCUACAAUUACAGGGGAUUUGAUAUUGGCAACCAUUUCUGUGAAUGGAUGUACGACUACAACUGCGAUGAGUUUCCUUUCUUCAAAGUGAAUGCUCAGGCCUACCCUUCAAAGGCCCAGCAGCUCCACUUCAUUGAAAGCUACCUGCGUGAGUUUGACCAAGGGUUUGACAACCUGAGUGAAGAGGACCAAAUGAAAGUGAAGGAGGAGCUAUACGUGGAGGUGAACAGGUUCUCCCUGGCAUCCCACUUCUUUUGGGGCUUGUGGUCCAUCAUCCAGGCCCGGCUGUCGACCAUUGAGUUUGGAUACCUGGAGUACGCCCUGGCCAGAUUUGAUGCCUAUUUCCAGCAGAAGAAGAUCUGGGCUGUCUAAUGGAGAGAAAUGAUUGGAUGAAUUUACAUAAAGUUCAGCCAAACGGCAGGUGGAGGACAUACACGCUGAUGAAGACUCCACGAUCCACGCUUUACUUAUACUCCCUGCUGGUGUAGAAGAUUUGCUGGCUACUGUUGGUGUUGUGUUGAGCAAAGCCAAACUUGAUCUUGUGGCUAUGUGCUUAAAGCACACAAUCCAUUGCAGCUCAAAGUUUACACUGUGUUAACUCCCUGAGAGCCAAAAAAAGAACAUUGACUUGUAUUAACAUUACUGGUCAGACAGGCUCUCUGCUUCUGCCUUAUUCGAACCAUAUCACUAACAUAAGGGUUAAGUUUAGCGCAGUAGAAAGGUGGAUUUCAGUCACAGCAAGAUUGGAAGUUUUAACAUUGCAUCAAUGUAUAUGUAUUGAUCAUUCCCUUAUGGAAAAGCUCUGUUGGAAAGAACCUCUUCUCUUGGUAAAUUCCUGCUUACUAAAGCAGCCAGUGGCUAAGAAUGUAUAUUAUAUAUAGAUGUCAGUGUGCCAGUAACCUGGGUCUGUCUGUUACUGAUGGGCUGAUAUGUUGGCUGGUGGAAUUUUGACUUGAUUGGCUGGUCAUACAGGUCAGACUAGAGAUUACACCUCUAGUCUGACCUGUAUGACCUGCUGUUUGUUUGAUUCUCUUUUUUUAAUGGUUGCAUUUACUUUUUUUCAGGCCAGGGCAAAUAGUGGAAAAGUUAUCGUUCGUUUGCGAAGUAUGUGAAUAGUUGAGGUUCUGUUUUCUGGGUGGCUGGCUUAAACUCCACCAAAGCAAAAUCAAAGUCAUCAUACUUCAGGUAUUUCCAUUUUAAUUAGGUCUGGUUCUUUGUGGCUUCCUAAUGAAUAAUGUAGUUACACUUAUCAGCUGUGAAUUUGCUCAACCUGAAGGUGGGUUUAUGGCAUUACUAUGGGUCACUGUGACAGGUAGAUCCACAUCUCUGCGUCGUUUAUGCAUUGCGGUAAUAACAUCUACAUUGUCUGGUUUUGCCAAAAAGACAUUCCAGCCAUGCUUUACACACAUGGGGACUUGUUGCUAAGCUUUCUAUUGGACACUAGGGAGCUAACUGACCAUAUUUAUGUUUUUUUUUUUUUACUUGUAUAUUAUCACUGUAUUGUGGAAAGCAUCACGCUGUACACAUGACAAUGGCCCCUUGUUGUGGUUAUGAAUUCUUUGGUGAUGUCCCUGGUUUGCCUACUGCCAAGUUGCCUCAUCAUCGUACCCAUAAUCCAGAAUAAUGACACAUGCGGUCACAUUGUACUGCAGAGCUGACUUUUGCUUGGAUUACUUAUUUAAGUAAGAUGAGCUGGACUGUAACUUUGUUAAAGGGGUAUUUAGUAGAAUAUGACUUGAACAAGACUACUGCUCUCACUGCUACUGAGAGCUGAGUCAUUGGCUUUAAUCAUCUUGUCAAACCCUCACACACACUGGCCACAUAUUAUGGCCAUUGUCUGCACUAGUCUGGUGAAAGUCUUACAUAAUGCACUUUUAACAAAGGAAUUCAGCACUGUGAACAGUGAAGCACUGUGCCCUGUAUGCAUCAGGCUUACUCAUAGGUUGAGCUUUUAGGCUUUCUGCUAUGCAGCGGGAUAACUGUUUAAAAUGAGAGAGGGUCAGAUGAUACUGUGAUUAAAUUGUCCUGCUGUCUCUCAUCCAAACAUCCUGAGACCAGCUUAAUCCUACCUCACCCUAUCAAGUCAUUGUAUGUGCACCAAACACUCAAGAACUAUGCUUGUACACAGAUAUAGGGAUUCAUCAUCUGCUGACUAUUAGACUUCAUUAGAAAUGCUAUAACAAUUACAGCAAAGCUUUCCAUGCUAAAAAUAAUUUUCUAAAUAAGUUUUCCUCACGUCACAUUUCCCAUGUUGGAACAGAACAGACUAACAUUGACCUUUCACUAAUGUGUCAGUCACUGUUGCUAACCCUUUCAAGCUUCCCAUUCUCACAGAGCACAUAUGCAGUUUACAAUCAAAACAGGACUAUUCCACACUCACACCAUUUUUGAUUUAUUUUUUAAUUUUUAUUUUUGAAACAAUGGGUCCUUGAUGUCAGACAGUGCUUGGCAGGCAUCUGAUCUUUAGCCCGUGUCCAUUGAUUUUGACGAUGGUAACGACAGCUGUCACUGGCAGAUUGUAUUAGCUGUGACUAGCUAGCUAAUUGAGCUAACAUAAGUGCCAUAGGUUGCCAAGACUAAGGCUAAAACCACAUGUCCCAGGCAAAAUGUCAGCAUCCUUCCAGUUAUUGAUCCAUGUAUAAGACAUGGAAAUAAAGUAGCACAUAUUGUAUUGCAGUGUAGAGCCUUGUUAAUCCAAGACUAUAAAUUUAUAAUUUUAUAUAUAUAUAUAUAUAAUGUUAUAAAAGAAAAAGCUUUUAUGAUGUGUUUGGCAAAUGCAACAAUGCAAAUAUUGACAUGAAGUUGCAGUGUAAACUUUCCCAAAUCCAACAAAGAGCAGGAUAGAGCUGCUAACGCAAAACCCUGACUGCAUCCAAGACCAGCUUUCAAACAGUGGGGUUAUGUUACCCCACAAAUUAAUGAUAUUUAUAAUGAUAUUUUGUCUCUUUUGCCUUGGAAGUAAGGUGUAGCUGCCAAGUUAAAUAGUAAGCUAGUAGCUGGAUAUGCUAACAAUUGCAAUUUAGACAUUGACGCUGUUUAAUGCAUUCAUAACACUUGCUUUUGUGUUUCCGGUUUUGUAAGUGCUGAGUGAUUAUCACUUACUGUAACCUAUGGUUGCCAGCAAUCCCGUAAAAUACGGAAUAAUCUGUCAAAAUACGAAAUCAUCCAGCGAAAUACGUAAUUGUCCCGUAAUUGGAAACUAAACGACAUGUAUUGAACGGACACAGGACUUUGUUCUGUAUUUUUGAGAAUCAAUUCAGUGCACGUCUAUGGGACAGAAAUAUUACAGGUUAGACUAUUAAGACUGAGCGAUUUUUAUGAGAUAGAACAAAACCCUCCUGCUCUGUCAUCCCUCAGCCUGUCUGUCAUGUUAUGUUCUCAAACACAGAAUAAGCUUCUCAUUAGCGGUUACUCAUGACUGACUGACACACACGCACGCACGCACGCACGCACGCACGCACGCACGCACGCUGGCAACCCUACUACAAGCCCAUGCAGAACAUGUGGCGCAGUGCAAAGCUUGACGGGCCUCCUGUUCUUAUUUACAGUUGCUAAUCCAUGAUAUCUGCUGUAGGUAGUAUUACACAAUACUGUUCGAAAAAUUUUUUGAUCCUUGUUUGCCAGAAAAUGUACAAUUCAUAGUUGCUGUGAAAAGAUACAUGAAGAAAUGCAGCUUAAAAACGCACCGUGCACUGUACGGUGUGACUGUGCCACUACCACAAAGGUUGACAUGCAUAUCCAUGCUCGUUUCUGUGAAGUUGUAGCGGAUUUAUACAUCCCUGUUUACCUGUGAGCUGUGUGGAAGCCACCAAACUGAAAAUGUGACUCUUGUAAAGUGUACAGAAGGCAAUACCUCUUACUUCCCGUGACAAUGGUUACACAGUGAUUUACCAUGUACACAGAGCUGAGGUAACUGAGCUGGAUCAUAAAACUUAACUGAUCACUACAGCAGCCACCUGAUACUGGAAUCAGAGUUGUUUGAAUGUCUACUGUGGCACUUUUUAUGUGAGGACUGACAAAGAAAAAAAAAAACUAUUUGUACUUGUGUAUUUUCAUGUUCAAACAUCUGCGUGUUGUUGAACUUUGACUCUUUAAGUUGUUGAAUUGUUAGUAUUAUUUUACAUAAAAGUGUAGUUCAUUGUAUAUUUUAUUGUUAUAUUUACUUUGGAAUGUGCUUAAUGUAUAGUUUUAAAUUUAUUUAGACAUAUAAUGAGAAUAGGGAUGCACCAGAAGAAUGUGCAGUGGAUGGUACUGGACGACUAUUAAAAUUUAGAAUGUGUCACUAUACAUCCCUCGUGGGGCAAUAGUAUUUAUUGUAGCGCCUAUUCUUCUUUUCCAUACUGUUGAGGGGCUCUUUUGUCUACUUAACCUGAGUGUGUAUUAAUUUUGUCUUUCUGGUUUGAAAUGUAUCAUUUGCCCUGACCUUUAACUAUGUGCUAUUUCCAUCUCAAUUCUGUUGUCCUCAUUCAUGAUUUUUUAUAUAUGUUAUAGAAAAAAUUGACACUGUGAUAUGUCACUAUUGUACAUUCCAUAAUUGUUUUUUCACCUUCAGUAUCAUGUACACUUCAAAUUUUGAUCAAAUUGGUUCUUCCAAUAAAAUUGUAGUCCCCUGUAGAGAACAAACGGACACCCUCACUUCUGUUUAUACUUGUAAUUUAGUAUGCGUAAUAUUCACUAACAAAAAUAUAGAGGGUCAAGCUAAAAUAUAUCCAAAUAUAAGGAAUGUGUUAAUGUAAUACAUUUAUUCUUUAUUUCUUUUUGUUAAAAACAUUCUGCACUGUGAAGCACCCACAAUUACACUCUCAUGUGACUCACAGUGAUAAUCUUUGCUAUCUAUGCAGCUACACUGAAUGCAUAUGUACUCAUUAAAACAUACUUUGUAACUGAAAUGGUUUCGGGUGAAUUACUGCAGCAUUUGACCUUGGCUGUAAAUUUACUUUUCUGCUUUGCACAAAUAAAAAUGUAAGAAAAAACAA